UGAUGAUAUCUAUGUGUAUAUAAAUCCACCCACGCACACGUACACGCACUCUCAUGCAUGCACAUCCGUCGCCUGUGCAGUUUAUAUAAUCUGUGCCCAUAUCAUUCUUUUUCCCAACACAGCUUAACUAAAGAAAAAAACAAAGAAGAUCGAUCUGAAAUGGAUCAUCAAAGCCGUACGCUGUUAGGUCCGAUUCCGUACGAAGUAUCAGAAGAGGAAGAAGAAACAGAAGGCGAAGAGCAAAUAGCGAGAAGAAGCAUCGCUUCUCCGGCGUCGGAAUCUUCGGCGUUUUCUCCGAUCCCUCAGCCGGAAACUCCGAGAGUGCCGAUGGAGUUUCUGUGCAGGUCCUGGAGCAUUUCCGCCUCUGAGAUCUCCAGAGCUUUGUCUCACAAACCUACUAAUAAUAACAAUAAUACUAAGCUCUCUCUUCUUCUCCACCAAAACCCUAGUUCUCCUACUGCCUCCGCCGACACUUCCCCCCUUCUUCCUCCUCCGCCGCCGCCGCCGCCGCAGCUCACGGAAAAGCUCGCGGGCGUGGUUCACGCGCGGAGGGCCGGGUCGAUCGGGAAAUGGUUUCACCACCGGGAAUUAAUCGUCGGCGCCGGAUCCGCCGUGAGGAAGAGAGACAGAGCGCGCUUGGAGAAUGCCCGCCUUCAUUCCGCCGUCUCCGUCGCGGCUCUGGCAACGGCGAUUGCCGCCGUGGCCGCCUCUGGCAACCACGACGGCAGCGGUGGCGACUCGGGAUCCAAGAUGGGCUCAGCCAUGGCUUCGGCGACGGAGUUGUUAGCUUCGCACUGCGUUGAAUUAGCGGAACUCUCGGGCUCCACUCAUGAUCGCGUCAUCUCCGCCGUCCGAUCCGCCGUCGACGUUCAUGGACCGGGGGAUCUCUUGACUCUCACCGCCGCAGCCGCGACAGCUCUGAGAGGAGAAGCAGCUCUGAGGGCGAGGUUACCGAAAGAAGCGAAAAACAAUGCAGCUAUCAGCCCUUGCGAUAGGGCUUUACCAGAGAUUCACGAUUGUUCUUCUGAGCUGGAUCUCUCCCUCAGAACCGAAGAACAGAUUCCUGCACCUAAAGUUGAUGAAUCAAACUCUGCUCACAGUGGGGAGUUAAUGCUUUGCACACAAACUGGAGUUCUACGGAUGAAACAUGUAUCAGUUUACAUCAACAAGAAAUCUCAGGUCAUAGUUGAAAUAAGAAGCAAACAUGUUGGAGGGGCCUUCUCCACGAAAAGCAAAGGCAUUGUUAAUGGAGUCUGCGACACGGUUUCUGCUUUGCCGACCAGAAAAGACAAGGAAAACUCAGAAGAAGAGCUCUAUUUUGGGAUGAAUACAGCAAAGGGUCUGAUAAAGUUCAAGUGCAAGAGUAAGGCCGAUAAGCAGAGAUGGGUGGACGAAGUUCGGGAUCUUCUUUGUCGUGUAAACCCCCUCGAGGUUAUGGAAACUUCUCUGGAAACCCUAAGCGUUGGUGACGAUGACACAUAGGAUGUGUGCUAUGUUAAGUUGUUGAGCAUGUUUGUUUAUCUAUGUAUAUGUUACGUGGGAAUUAUCACACUGGAGAAUACUGUUUAAUGCAUAAUAUAUAAAUGUAAGUACUUGUAUAUUUGUAUGUCAAGGUUGAAAUUUUUGUGAGUUAUGCAAGUAUGAAAUGAAGGUUUUGGGUUCA